UCGGUCACGCCAGCGAUACGGCAGUUGUACGCGACACGACGACGACAAUUGUUUACCGACAAACGCACUGCCGUGGAUGGGUCCUCGGUCGAAGUGAGAAAUAUCCGCGGCAACAUAUCGCCGUAUUCAAACGACCAUCGGCCGUCGAUCGUUAGGUUCCGGACCAUCGUAUCGUCCGCAUCGCUUCUCCCGACCGUCCGGUGAUCCUCGAACGGCCCUGGCGACAUGUACCACGUGCACCACGAGCACGACGUCCUCGCCGUCGGCGACCCGAUGGUAUUGCAGCACCAUCACGUGCACCAGGACCAUCACGGUGGUGGUGGCAGUGGCAGCGGUGGUGGCGGUUGCGUCACGUUCAUGCCGGUCGUCGACCAACAGCAGCAGCACCAGCAACAACAGCAACAGCAACAACAACAUCAUCUGCAGCACCAACAUCACCAUCAUUUGCAGCAGCACCACCUGGACCAGCAGCACCAAGACGGAAUGCAUCUGCAGCAACAGCAACCACCGCAACAACAGCAACACCAUCACGAGGCCAACAAUCCGGGCAUCGGAGGUGGUGCCGCGGUCCCUUUCCAGGAGCCGGUUGGCGGCGGCGGCAGUGGCGGCGGUGGCGGAACUCAGACGGCCGGAGCGUACGAGACCAGCUGUUGGCAGAUACUGCCGCCCGACUAUCCGUACGACGACGACCUGCGGUACGACAGACUUUUGGACAGUAUAAAAAUGCCGAGCAGUCAAACGCGACCGUCGGGUUUUCACAUUUGCGACAUACUGGACUUGAACGACGGCAAAGUGAACUCGACGGACAAUACGAACACGACAUUGGGCCCGCAUAUAAAUGCAGCUCCCGACGUGCACAACGUCAGCUCGGGCUUCCAGUUCCCCAGCAUCUUGCAAUCGUCCGCCGACCUGUUACACCAUUGGCCCACAUCACUUACUGAACUCCGAGGAUUCGGCAUGAGCCACGGGACUCAGCAAGCCAGUCCGGACAGCACGUCACCGGGGGUGACGGACCUGACGGAUACGUCGAGCACGCCCAGCGGCCUGGCCGCAGACACUUCGGUGGUGAGCGUGGGCGGCGGCGUGGGCGGCGGUCCGGGAUCGGGUACGGCCGGUGGUAAGGACGAGCCGUCCGAGAUGGACGGCGAAGAGAUGGACGACGAUUUCGACGACGAGCCAGGGACCGCAGGCGGAGAUCACGACCGGUCCGGUUCGUCCGGUGCCGGCGGACACCCUUCCGACGGUAACGGAACGGUGCACAAGAAACGCAAGCGCCGCGUACUCUUCAGCAAGGCACAGACGUUCGAGCUGGAGCGCAGGUUCCGGCAACAGAGGUACCUGUCGGCACCCGAACGCGAACAUUUGGCGUCCAUCAUCCGGCUGACUCCCACCCAGGUGAAAAUCUGGUUCCAGAACCACAGGUACAAGACGAAACGGGCGCAGCAGGAGAAGGGCAUGCACGUGGACCAUCACGCGGCGGCCGCGGCCAACGCUCUGUCGUCGCCCAGACGGGUGGCCGUGCCCGUGCUGGUGCGGGACGGCAAACCGUGCACCAACCAGCAGCCCGGAGCGGCCGGCGGCGGCGGCGGCGGCGGUGGUGGAGGCAAAUCCGAGCAAAUGGUGCUGCCGUCGUACUCGCACCCGCUGAUGCACGGCCAGACGCCCAGAACGUGGUGGUAAUAGCCGCGCGGUACGACGGUCGCCACCACGACCACUCUCUGUACAGUGUACUUGUCUUCCUAAUACGGCCGCGCAUUGCACACGUGUGUAGUACCCACCUAGGUGUAGGCUGUUGUGUAUUCGCAAACGUUUAAUGACAACAUUAUGAUUUCCUCCGCUGCGGUCGUCGUGCACCGCGCCCAUCGGGGGUUGUUUGGUCGUUCACCGGAGUGCCCGAGCGUGGCUCGACCGUGAACAUAUACGAACGACGCGUAACAUUUUUUUAGUAUAACCUUCCGACCCCCGUGCGAACGUGACCGAGUCCAAGUCCAAUAACGUUGUUUCGGUGUACAGUACGGUCGUGUUGCACGCGAAAAUCGCGAAAAUCGCCCCGGACCGGUACGUGUUCCGUUGUACGGGCGAGCGUAAAAUCUGCGUCACGUUAUUGCGCGGCACACGCGUUUCGUCUGAGGAUUAUUUUCGCGUCCAAGUUUUUUCCGCGACCACCAAACAACAACGGAUCUAUCACAUCGUAACACGUAACUCGCAACGUGCCGCGCCCGACAACUCGCUUGUACGUAGUGUAUAUUACGUUCAUGUGCAUACACGUCGCGAGUCGGUGUCGAUCAUUGGCGGCAUUAUAAAACAUGUUAUUGUUAAAUAGUUAAAUCGUUUUUUUUUUUUUUCUUAUUUUACUUUUCAAUCCUAUACCGUCGGUACGGCCCUUACGGCGUUGGGAUCCCGUUCGUGUACGCGUGUGGCCCGUAAUAAACCAUGUCCCCCUCCACGUUCUCGUUUGGUUAAACAAAUAUUUAUAAACUAUAUAAAUACAUAAAUUAUUAUUAUUAAUAAUGAUAUGAUGUUUUGUCGAUAUUUAGAGUACAUAGUCUAUUCAUUUAUGUAUACAUUACUCGGAGAAAAAACAUUAUUCAUUUGUAAAGAACAAAAAAAAAAAUC